ACGGCACCAUGAUAUAUUCACAAAGGACAAAGAGAAAUAGAAAUUCAAGAGGAAUAAUAAAUCACUCGUAUUUUGCGAAUAACUUUCAAUGCUGGUGGAAAUGUCAUACAUUGUACAGUAGACAUAAAAAGAAGCUACAAUUCGUUACGAAACAGUGACACUAAUGACAUGGAUUUCCAAAAUGUGAAUCCGCUAAAUGUACGGCUGAACUUGGUGUCCGGCAAUUUGUUACCAAUGACCGCCGACAAUUCGUCGUUUCCGAUAUUUUGGAAAAUAUACAGCGUUCUGGUAUGGCUGCUCGAAAUAGUGCAAACAUGCGUGUUAGUCCCCGGGUGUAUUUUUGUGCCGAAAGAAAAGGCUCUGAAAGAUGGUCUAAUCGGUAUUGUGGUUACUAUGGAAGUGAUAUCUACAAUCAUACGAAUUCACGCAUGUAGAGGACUGGUGCAGCAAUUAAUUCAGAAACUGAAUGACAUUCUGAGCGUGGAGGACGAAAUGAUGAGGAGUAUAGUGACAACGACUAUAAAAUCGAUGGAGAUUCCCCUUAAGUUUUACUGGUCGGCCGGCGUGACGUCCAUAGUACUGUGGAGUAGUUCACCGUUUGUAGUGGCCUUUCAAAAAAAUUUCUUUUUCUACGUAGAUUACAGGAUGCCAGUUGUCUACUCCAAAGAGCCAUUCACGACCGGUAUCUUUGUGUUUGGAAGUAUCAUCGUGCUGAUGAGCAGCGCGUAUAUUUUUACGAAGAAAGUCGGCGUGGAAAGCUACGUAAUAAAUGUGAUGUUGCUGAUAACGGCACAAUAUAAAUACACCGCGUUAAAACUGUCUAUGAUAUUUCAAGAUAGAUUGCUUCAGAGUGAUGAUCAUAGCGAAUUUAAUAUAAAGAAAUGUUAUCUUAAUGCAGAAGAAAAAAUAAAUUAUUACGUAGAAGAAAAAAUAAAAGCUUUAUGUCGGCAUCAUAAUGCGAUCAUUCACAUAAUGGUAAUGCUAAGAAAACUACUGUCUUUAAAUAUCAGUUUAAUAUAUUUAAUAAACGUUUUUCGGUUCUGCUGUAUUGCUAUUAUGAUGAUUUCAAUACCGUCAGUAACUUUGUGGGAAGGAUUAUCGCUUAUACCGUACGCAGUCGGUGGAGUUGUGGAGCUUUAUAUACUAUGUUAUUGUGUGCAACAGUUACUAGAUGCGAGUGCUGAAAUAACGGAUAAUGCAUUUCACGAAGGAUGGUACCAAUAUGGAAAGUCCAUAAAACGUACAUUUAUGUUUAUGAUAAUGUCUAAUAAUUUAGAUAUUAAACUGUCAACGUUUGGAAAGUACAAUUUAUCUUUAUCUUCAUUUAUGGCGAUUUUAAAUCAGUCAUAUUCAAUCGCGCUUUUGCUAUUAAGAACUUAAGGAAUGCGUUGUUGCACAGAUUUUAUACAUAAAAAUAAUAUUACAAUGUACAAUGUAUUUAGCUUAGCAAUUGAUUAAGAAUUUAAAUAAACAGUAAGCAAAUACUAGUAUAAAAUGUAGAUUUCACUGUGACAAA